AUGCGUCUCUAUCUCCUCCCCAUAUCGACGCGGCGGACGCUGCUCUACGCGCAACGACUCAACAUCAAUACCACAACGGCCGACAAGUCGUAUCUCGACAAGGCUGUCAACUACGCAGCCAAGACGUGGGCGGGUUGGGAACAGAAGGACUCUGGCUGGCAGCGCAAGGUGGUUGACUACGGCAACCAGGCCCUGCGGCGGAUUCCAUACGAGGAAUGGGGCUUGAAGAGCGUCCCGCCAUUGUCGGCGAGGCGACAAGAGAAGGAGAUUCGCGGCAAGGAGAAGGUCCAGGUAGUUUUCCCCGCAAGUGCAUUGCCCGUGCACAAGGUGCAGGGCGUGAUCAAAGCGUUGGCGACAGAGAGGGAUGGGCUGCACAGGAAAAGACUGAUGUACUGCAUCGUCGGCAUGCCGUUGACGAUACCCAUCGGCAUAUUGCCAGUGAUACCCAACUUGCCCUUCUUUUACCUGGCGUAUCGCGCCUGGUCGCAUUGGAGAGCGAUAGCGGGAGGGAAGCACGUCAAGUGGCUGAUUGACAAGCAACUCCUGCAGACUGCGCCCUCCAGCGCAUUGGAAACCCUAUACGGUGGUUCGUCUCAUCUAUAUGACGCAAAGACAGAGACCAUGCUCCUACGACAAGACCAGGUCAAGCAAUUCACGGAGACACUGGGCAUACCAGCCCUAACCGUCGAGCUCGAGCGCGCCAUAUGGCAAGUCGAGACGGACAUUAGGAAGAAAGAGGAAGAAGAAUCAAAGGCACAAGCGGCAACGCGGAUAGAGGAAGUAAAAGAAGACAAGAACAAGGAUCAGUGA